GACAGUAGUUUUGUUUUCAUUUUUUGUUCUGUCAUUUCAUAUCAAAAUUAUUAUUUUAUACAAUGGCUUCGGGUACAAUAACUUCAUACAAUAGCAACGAUAUUGAGAAAUUAUUUCGUGUAUCAAUCAAACAAAUAUUACAAGCACGAAUAUUCUUAGGUGAUUUUCAAGAAAGACGUCACAUUGAAUUAUUAAGUGCAUAUCGGGAUGUGAUUGUGGUAUCGAAUACUGAAAACGAAUUAAUUGAAGCACUCGAUGAGGUGAUAAAACGUUUAUAUACACAUUAUAGUAAUAUGUGGAUUGGUAUAACCAGUCCGAAUAUGAGUGGGACACCGGCUGGAUAUUGUUUAUGGGUAGAAUUACCUGAUACACCACUUGGAAAAUAUUGGUUCCAAAUUAAAUCGGUGAAGUUUCGUUCAAAUGAAGUUUUAUGUAAAUUAAAAUGUUUACGGACAAUGGUUGCUGAUGACAUACCGUUUCAGAGUUCACGAAUACGACAAAGAAUUUCAAUGGCUAGCGCUGAUAGUUCACAAUCAACAACCGAAGAAAAUGACACAAUCAGAAGUGAAAUUCAAGAACCAGAUUGGUCAUUAUAUUAUGAAAAUUUCCGUAAUUCAUUAAACGAAAAUUUAUACUAUUUUUUUACAAAUAUUUUAACUUUAGAAAAUAUUAAAAUUGGUGUAAAAUAUUUUUCAAUAUUAUUUGUAUCAUUAAUAGCAUUUUCAUUUCAAUCGGUAAAACAUAUUGGUGAUUUUUCAUUAAAAUUUAUGCAUGAAUUUUCAUAUUUUGUACAUGCUGCAACACCAAUUAUUAUUGCAAUUAUUGAUUUUUUUUCAAAAGUUGUUGGUGGAUUGUAUAUAUUGAUUGCAAUGAUGUGGAAAGGAUCACCACCUCCACCGAUACGACCUAGUGUACAAAAAAUGCAACAAUAUAGGGCAAUUCGUUAUUAACAUUAAAUUUAUUUUUUUAAUUUUUAUCUUUUAUUCUUUGAUUUGUUAUGAAUAGCUGGUUUAUUCUUUUUUUAUUUAAAUAUCAUCGAUGGGAAAAUUACGAUUGAUAAUUUUCCGAAGAUCUGCAUAGUGUUGCCACCAGGUCGCGUUUUAUUUUCAUAA